AUGACCUCGCCCUCGCUCCCACCGCCAUCGCCGCUCAAUCUGCCGGAACCAGUGUACGGGCACCGCCGCCCACCUUCGCCGCUGAGAAAAGCGACGACGAUUGACCCAGACACGGGUGAGAUCAGCGAGUCCGAAGAUGGGUCGAUUCACCAGUCAGAGGAGUCGCACGACAGGAGGUCGUGGACACAUUCACACUCUCCGUCUCCGUCAGUGGCAAAGUUUGCUGCCAACUUCGCCCAGCGAGUGGGGUCGCUCGUGAACAGCGUAAGUCCCGGGUCUCGCACGAACGACCUGCCUACGGACGACGAACUUGAAGCAGAGGCCGAACGACAACGGGAGUGGAGCAGACGCGAGGCCGAGCGUAUCAUGCGCCAGGAGGUCGAGGACCGGCGGACGGUCGAGCAACGCGUUAUGGCCAUGCUCAAUGGUACUGAUGGCGAAUCUCCUAACUCGCUUCCGCCGCACCCCUCGCGCUUCCAAACUAUGCCGCCGCCGGCCACGCCCCCAUCACCAACUUCGCAGAAGGAUAGCAGCUGGUGGGCGACUGCGAGGAACAAGCUCACACCGACCAAAGAUCCCCUCACACCCGCCCAGCAAGUCAUCCAGGAGACCAAGGCGCGCGAGAAGGAGCACGAGAAGGAGAAGAAGAAGAAAGAGAAGCUGAGGCAGAAGAGCAAAGAUAGUGGUUGGCCAGCCGCACCCGAGAGCAAGUUCGAGGACCCUGCCUUCAUGACCCUCGGUCUUGCAGCCGCCUCGUCGGGAUUAACAACCCCAGUGCGGCCCAUAUCCGCUGCGCCGUCGUCUCCCGGGUCAUUCCAUCCGCCACCAAGUCUCACGGCAUCACCUCUGCGUUCGGGUGAUGGAUCCUCUUCGCAGGGCCAGCCUAUCUACGCGCAAUUCAAUCCCCAAGGCAGUCUCGAUGUAGCGACUACGCUUCUGACUAUCGCCAAACGCUUCGAAAAACUGGAGAAAUGGACUGUCGGACACGUACGGGCCUUGGAGGAGCGUAUGGACGAUGUUGAGCGCUGGCUAGUGGAGAAAGAGAAAGAGAAGGAACAUACGGGUGCGAAGCCGAGAGAGAAUGGUACAUCUGCUGAGGGAGAAGGAGGUAUGGGUGAAGUUCGAGAAGAACUGGCAGAGAUCCAGGCCCGUAUGGGUGAGCUGGGUCGCGAGAUGGCCAAGCUCAUAACGGCGCCAGGCAACCUCGCAUUGGGCCCCUCUCGCAACUCUGCGGCCAUUGCGCGUGCACCGUCCGCGACCUCUGCAGUCGCGGUACGCUCUAUCUCGCAGAACAUCACCACCAGUCCCACCUCUACACCGCCGCGAGUGGUCGAGUCUGCAAGUCCACCUAUGGUCACUGCGGCGGGUUCGUCGCGAAAUUCACGCACGCGUCUGCCAUACCCUACCGGCGACUACGCUAGCCCGCCAGACAGCACGAUGCUUGGACAAGGUCCUUUCUCACCUCCUAAUUCCCCUCCAUCAUCAAUCACGUCUGCUACGAGGCAUCGGCAUAUGUCCAUUUCCGGGCUUCCCGGACAAGGCACGAGCUCAGUCACCGUCUCCCCGUCUGGUGUUCCCUUCGGAGAGUCGCCCAUGUCAGCUGCAAGUCCGCCGUCUUUACCUCCGCCCAGCUUACCUGCAGCGCGGACUAACAGCGUGAGCCCCACGCCGAUGAAGCGUUACACUGUCGCACUGGACAAGCCGAUCAUGAAACGCGGGAAUCGCGAGAACCAGGAGGAACGCGAGCGAACAGUGACUCCACAUCGGCGCAGCCAGUCAAGGGAGAUCAAUACUGUAUACUUCUCUACCUCUCCGCUGUCAACCUCGCCGAAACCCGACGAUUAUGAGUCGGAUAGCGACUUUGGUGCCAACGAGGAAACAGUGGGCAAGUCAGCAGCCCGUCGCUCGGGCAUCGCAGCUGCAGUCGCUUUGGAAACAACAGACGACGAGGGGAGGAGAUCGCCGUCACUGUCUCCCGUCUCGACUCCCGCCGCGAAGCGCCCUCGUCCGCAGACAAUGUACGGCUCGCAGUUCGCGAAUAUCGCUGCGCCGUCCCCCGUCACUCCACUUAAUGUUCGUCUCCGUUCACGCUCAACUGACCGGUUCGGCCUGGGCAUAUCAGAUAGUAACGGUGCACCUGUACCUGCUACCCCUACGUCCAAGUUCGUGGACCCGCUGGUCGUCCGCCGGCAAACGAAGGAAUCCUUGACCCAGCCAGACCCGCCGAGGGUCAUGCCUGGCAAGCCUCGGGCACCUGUAGGAGAGUUGGUCGCUUACUUCGAUCAGUCGAAGGCGUGA